AUGUCGCGCACUGCUGCAAUUCUCGCACCGGCGCUCUGCUCCAUACUACGUUCCGUCCCCACCAAGGAGCAGAUCCUGGUCCCUGAGACCCUUCUUAAGAAGCGCAAGUCGCAAGAGAAGGCUCGUGCCGAGCGCAACGCCGCCAACGACCAGAAGAAGACCAACAACAAGGAGAAGCGUGAGGUCAUCUUCAAGCGUGCCGAGAAGUACGUCCAGGAGUACCGCGAGCAAGAGCGCGAGAAGGUCCGCCUUUCUCGCGUCGCCCGCGAGAGCGACUCUGCCUACGUACCUGCCGAGGCCAACCUGAUCUUCCUUAUCCGUAUCAAGGGUAUCAACAAGAUCGCCCCCAAGCCCCGCAAGAUCCUCCAGCUCCUGCGUCUCCUCCAGAUCAACAACGGUGUCUUCAUCCGCGUCACCAAGGCCACCACUGAGAUGAUCAAGGUCAUCGAGCCCUGGGUCGCUUACGGUUACCCCAACCUGAAGUCCAUCAAGGAGCUCAUCUACAAGCGUGGAUACGGCAAGGUCAACAAGCAGCGCAUUGCCCUCACCGACAACUCCAUCAUUGAGGAGAACCUCGGCAAGUACGGCAUCAUCUGCAUGGAGGAUCUCAUCCACGAGAUCUACACCGUCGGCCCCAACUUCAAGCAGGCCGCCAACUUCCUGUGGCCCUUCAAGCUCUCCAACCCCACUGGUGGCUUCCGCCCCCGCAAGUUCAAGCACUUCAUCGAGGGUGGUGACCUUGGCAACCGCGAGGAGAAGAUCAACGCCCUCAUCCGCCAGAUGAACUAA